AUGUCUAUUGUAUGUACAGUACACGGCCAUGCCCAUACCCAUGCACACGGCAAGAAGUCACCGAACCCUAAUACAGAUGGGUUGUCUGUUUGUCCUUCUUCUUUCCCAAUGUUUGCUGUUUUCGUUCUUUGUUCUUUGUUCCUCAAUUGGAAGCUCUUCGUUUAUAAUGGGUAUGCGGGGACAAUCCUCGCCAGGAUUUGUACUCUCCCAUACGCGGCUUUGGGCUCCAUUAUUGCCAAUGCAUCGGAUGCUGAUACUACCUACCUUCUCUGUUUAUCUGCUUGUGUCCGGGUGCUAUCCAAAGAAAUGGAUCCUGGCAUCAGUUUGAUCUGA